AUGAAGUUUCUGGCGCUGCUACAGCUUGCUUUCAGCGCCAAGUUGCGGGGGAAGAUCCCGGGAUACUUCCAGAUCAAGCUGAAGGCUGAGACCUUUGUGAGCUCCUCCACCACGGUGGGCGAGCUGGGUGCUGCCAAGCUGUUCGACCAUGCAGGCACCUGCAUCAGCUGCUCGACUCCCAUGCACUGGUCACUCCCGGCAGCGCCCAACGAGAAGAAGACGGUGAAUUCCAACGUAGUCCCUGGUCAGAACAUCAGCUUCCCAGUGAACGCGAAAUCCGCAUAUGACGUCAUGAUGGACAUCCCUCUGAACGCACUGGACGACCAGCUGGACUUUAGCCUCCAAAUCCUCUCCUCCGUCGCUGCUUCAGGCACCAAUACACCGGAGGAGACCGGCAGACAGGUGAAGAGCUGGUCAGUAUCUUCCUUGCUGCACUCCACCGAGAAGAAGGCCUUUGUGAAGAUGUCCGUGGAGCUGUCCGGGGACUUCACCAAAGCCGUGGGAGGGCAGAGCGCGCUGGGCCUGCCGAAAGCGGCCAAGGACUUGCACACAGACGUUUGUGUGAGGCCAAGGGACACCUCCAACUACAGCAUUCAGGAGCUCAGCAUCGUGAAGGAGAAGUUUGCGGUGACCGUGGGAUGUGCUGCAGGCUACAAGGGCACAGGCAACGCCGCGAUUUGCGCCAAGGAGGGAGAGGAUUACAUCCUCUCGGGCUGUGUCUCAGAGGUUUGCGCUGAGCCCGACCUGGAAGGAUAUGUGGUGAAGGGCAGCGCGGAGACCAUGAGCUUCAGCAUCAAAGCCAAGUGCGCGCCGCUCUACGAGGGCAACGUUGUGGUGUCCAAGUGCUCCAAGGAUGGAGAGGCUUACACCGUGAGCGGCUGCACCCUGAUCCCCACGACCACGACCAUUACAACUACAUCCACCACCACCACUGUCACUGUGACGUCGACGACUACAACAACGCAGACCACCACCGAGACGACCACCACCACGCAGACGACUACAUCAACAACUACGACAUCAACAACCACGUCAACCACCACGACGUCUACUACGACCGAAACAACAACGACAACCACCAGCACAAGCACGACUUCAACAAGUACAACCACGUCGACCACCACAACGUCAACAUCAACCACAACGUCAACCACAACUACAUCCACAACAACUAAAACCACCACCGUGACGAGUACCACAACCAUCACCACAACGUCAACGUCAACUGAGACUACCACCUCCACCUCAACAUCUACGACCACCACAUCAACAACCACGUCGACUUCCACAACAACCACCUCAACGACAACAGUGACAUCCACAACGGUAACUUCUACCACCACGGUCACCAGCACUACCACAACUUCAACAAGCACAACCACUAAAACAUCCACAACCACAACUACCACAACCACAAGCACAUCUACUUCUACAACUACAACGUCGACAACCACGCAAACUACAACGAGCACAACAACAACGGUGACAUCCACUAGCACCACGACAACGUCCACUUCCACUGAAACAACGACCACCACGACCUCAACAUCCACCAUCACGGAGACUAGCACUACCACAACGUCCACAUCGACCACCACCUCAACAGCCACGACGACAACCACAACUUCCACAGAGACAAGCACAACUACGACAAGCACUUCCACAACAACAACGUCCACAUCCACAACGACAGCUACCACGACUACCGUGACCACUACAGAAACAUCAACAACAACCACAUCCACUUCAACGUCAACUAGCACUUCGACCACCACCACAACCACAUCAACUAGCACGGUGACGUCAACCACAGUGACUGAAACCACCACAUCCACGUCAACAACAACAACAAGCACAACGACAACUACCAGCACGAAAACCACAACCUCAACAACAACCCGCACCACCACCACCACAAGCACAGUGACGAGCACGAAAACCACAACGACCACCACUACCAGCACCAGCACAAUCACUUCAACAUCUACCAGCACAACCACAGUGACGACCACAACGGUCACAAGCACAACCACCACCACGUCCACAACUACAACGUCCACUACACCGUGA